AUGGUCAAGCCAGUUAUUGCACCUUCCAUUCUAGCCUCAGAUUUUGCUAAUCUCGGUUGCGAUUGCCAUAAAGUCAUCAAUGCAGGUGCUGAAUGGUUGCACAUUGAUGUUAUGGACGGUCAUUUCGUCCCAAAUAUAACGCUGGGUCAGCCUAUAGUAACUUCUUUACGUAAAGCAGUACCACGUGCAGGAUCUGAAGACAACAAAGAGGGCAAACCAAGUGCUUUUUUCGACUGUCAUAUGAUGGUUGAAAAUCCAGAAAAUUGGGUUUCAGAUUUUGUUAAAGCAGGUGCAGAUCAAUUUACUUUUCAUUAUGAAUCAACCAAGAGUCCAUUAGAGUUAGUUAAACUGAUUAAAUCGUACGGAAUUAGAGCCGCAUGUGCUAUUAAACCAGGUACUCCCGUUGAUGUCUUAUUUGAAUUGGGUCAGUACUUAGAUAUGGCACUUGUUAUGACCGUUGAACCUGGUUUUGGUGGUCAAAAGUUCAUGGCAGAUAUGAUGCCAAAAGUCGAAAAAUUGAGAGAAUUAUUCCCAAACUUAGAUAUUCAAGUUGAUGGUGGAUUAGGUAAAGAGACCAUUCCUCAGGCUGCCAAAGCAGGUGCCAACAUUAUUGUUGCUGGUACUUCAGUCUUUGGUGCACAAGAUCCAGCUGACGUUAUUUCCUUCAUGAAGAAUGAAGUUAGAAAAGAACUGACAUCUAAGAACUUGUUGACCGAAGAGUAA